UACCCCCAGUGUCCUUCCUCUUCAACAGACUCUCAAUGAUGCUUACCAAACCACAAACUAUAACCCAAAAUCAUAUUUUCUCUUUAGCAAAGAGAACUGAUUCGAAUCAGAAUCGGAGCUCAUGGCUUCCAUGGCAAACACAUUCUCGCCUUCUCUCUCCGCCGCCAAUUCUUCCACGUUAAGGUCUAAAAACUUGCCCGAUUUCUAUCUACAACUCAAAAACCCUAACUUGAUUUCAUUUCGUUCGGAACGGGUUGGCCUACCGGUGCUGAAUUCGACUCGAAUUAGGUCCUCGAGGAUAAUUGCCAGCUCUGCGCAGGUUAUGGACCAGUCGGUUGGUGAAGCAAGUUCUAAAGCGCCUACCAUUGUGGAAGUCGAUUUGGGUAACCGGAGCUACCCGAUUUACAUUGGAUCAGGACUUCUUGAUCAACCUGAAUUGCUCCAAAGGCAUGUUCAUGGAAAGAGAGUGCUUGUGGUGACAAACAACACAGUAGCACCAAUAUACCUGGAUAGAGUGGUUGAUGCAUUAACAAGAGGGAACCCAAAUGUUUCAGUUGAGAGUGUAAUUUUGCCUGAUGGGGAGAAGUAUAAGAAUAUGGAAACUCUUAUGAAAGUAUUUGACAAGGCCAUUGAAUCAAGAUUGGAUAGACGGUGUACAUUUGUUGCUCUUGGAGGGGGUGUUAUUGGUGACAUGUGUGGAUAUGCCGCUGCCUCUUUUCUCCGCGGUGUUAAUUUCAUUCAGAUUCCCACCACUGUUAUGGCACAGGUUGAUUCUUCUGUUGGAGGAAAAACUGGUAUUAAUCACCGCCUUGGAAAGAACCUCAUUGGAGCAUUUUACCAGCCUCAAUGUGUGCUCAUUGACACUGACACUUUAAACACUCUGCCCAAUAGGGAACUGGCAUCUGGCCUUGCAGAGGUUGUAAAGUAUGGGCUUAUAAGAGAUGCUGAAUUUUUUGAGUGGCAGGAGAAGAAUAUGCCAAAAUUAAUGGCAAGGGAUCCAGAUGCACUGGCAUAUGCCAUAAAGCGUUCAUGUGAAAAUAAGGCUGAGGUCGUAUCCUUGGAUGAGAAGGAAAGUGGACUAAGGGCAACACUGAACUUGGGUCAUACAUUUGGCCAUGCAAUAGAAACUGGCUUUGGAUAUGGGCAGUGGCUUCACGGAGAAGCUGUUGCAGCCGGCAUGGUGAUGGCUGUUGACAUGUCAUACCGCCUUGGUUGGAUUGAUGAUUCAAUUGUAAAGCGAGUUCAUAACAUUCUUCAACAGGCUAAGUUACCCACCGCGCCACCAGACACCAUGACUGUAGAAAUGUUUAAAUCCGUCAUGGCGGUUGAUAAGAAGGUAGCUGAUGGGCUGCUAAGACUUAUCCUGCUUAAGGGUCCUCUGGGUAAUUGUGUAUUUACGGGUGAUUAUGAUAGGAAGGCUCUCGAUGAUACACUCCGGGCAUUUUGCAAGUCAUGAUUCCUGUCUGGCUACUUUUUUUUUUUCCAAACUGCGUGCAAUUGUUUUACUAGAUAUGUGGAUUGUGUAUCUUGAUGGUCUUACCAGUAUUCUUCUACUUGGCAACUUGAGCAGGCAAAGGUAGUUAUCGAGUUGUAAUCAUAUGUAAGGAUCAAUAAAGUUCUCUUCUUUUGAUUUCAUUGUUCUCUUUCUUUCUAGUAACUAUGUCAGGAUCAAUAAAGUUCUUUUUUGUAA